AUGCAUUUCAAGAGCUAUCUCUCUGCCACGCUGUUGGCGCUCCCCGCACUGGGCAGUGCCACCGCCAACGACCACCCGGAUCCCUUCAAGGUCUACAACAUCACGGCCGAGAACAUCACUGCCUCGUUCAUCGGCUAUGGUGCGCGCCUUAUUGCUUUAUACGUCCCAGACAGCAAUGGCACUGUGCAGGAUGUCGCCGUUGGUUACGAUGACCCCAAGACCUAUCUGCACGACACAGAGACCAACCACACCUACUUUGGUGCCACCGUCGGUCGCUAUGCCAAUCGCAUCAAGAAUGGCACCUUCACCAUUGAUGGGAAGACAUACCAUGUUCCCACCAACGAAAAUGGCGGUGCCGACACGCUCCACGGCGGCUUCGUCGGCUACGACGCCCGCAACUGGUCGGUGACCGCGUCAGCAAAGGACAGCAUCACCUUCUCUCUGCUUGAUAGCGGCUUUGAGAAGUUCCCCGGUGAUGUCCUCAACCAUGUCACCUUCACCGUGGAUACCGAAGUCACCCCAUUGAACCCCAAGGGUCUUCCUCAAUUGACUUCCAGAAUCGUGUCUCUCUCCCUAACCGAGAAGACUCCAAUCAUGCUGGCUAACCACGUCUAUUGGAACUUGGACGCGUUCCAGAGCCCGACAAUUCUCAACGAUACUUUGCACAUGCCAUUGGCUUCGCGCUACGUCGGUGGUGACAGCAUCCUCAUUCCCAACGGCACCAUCAUUGAAGUCAGCGACACCCCGCACGGCGCCAUCGACUACACCACCGGCAAGCAGGUCGGCCAGGACUUCGCCUACGCCGAAGGUAUCUGUGGCUUCAACUGUACCGGCGUUGAUACCUGCUUCGUCAACGACCCAGAGCCUUUCUACCCGGCCGGUGGUCUUGUCCCCAUCAUCCACCUCUCCUCUCCCUUCACUGGCAUCACUCUCGAUGUCGCCACCAACCAGCCAGCCCAACAGAUCUACACUUGCAACGGCCAGAAUGGCACUAUCCCCAUCAAGGCCUCGCAAAAGGCCCGCAAUGAAGCCGCUGGCAAGGGUGGUGUUGACUACGUCAACAAAUGGGGCUGCAUCGUCAUUGAGACUGAGGGAUGGAUCGAUGCCAUUAACCAGCCUGAGUGGGCCCAGCAUGAAAUCUACGCCCCUGGUGAUGUCCCGACGGUCAACUUGGCUACCUACCAAUUCGGUACCAUCUAA